AUGCAGGAAGCAGAGACCCAUAUACCCGAAGAAAAUCGGCUUGAAGCCACGAACCGCGUUCUCCGCGACCUAGAACGCAAAUUGUCGCUUGUUCUGACCGUCUCACUGUCUACGUCACAUCAAUCUCAUGGAUCGGUCAUCCAGGACCCGCAGUACGGCGGUAUGGCACGAGAUAACAUCCAGCUGAGUGUCAUUAGUUACAUCCGCAACAGCGGUUCGGAAUUUGAUCCGGAGCUGGUGUACUCGGAUCGAAAACAGAGGCUAAUCACCAAGUUCGACCGGGAAUACUCUCCCAACGUGGGCAAAAGCGCCUCUGCUGAAAAUUUGGGCAAAUAUGACAGAGAAAAUGUAGUUCAAGACUCUGAGGAAUUCAAAGCGGCAUUCAAGAACGACCUGCCGCGUUCAUCGCUUAGUUCCACUGAGAAUCCAUAUGAUGCCUACUACGACGAUAAUCUAGAUAGCUACUGCGAGUCAGACACAGAAAAUGAUCCCGGUGAUCCAGAGAACAUGUUGGAUAUCGAUGUUGACAUGCUUCUACCUCCGCUGCCUCCCAGACUGCCUCCCAAAGAGCUAGAUCCCAGUCGACUCUAUGGACUCUUUGACUUUCUGGGGCCAGAUCCCCUGCAUUGUACGCUCUUCCGUGAGGAGCCUGUUUAUUUGGUCAAUGACCUGGAUAACUAUUGGUGGCUCAUUCGAAAGCUAACCAAACAAGAACGUAUCGCUUGUAAUACCUCCGGGGACCCUGUAGAAUCAGACGAAGAGGAUGGCAAGAUUGGGUUUGUUCCUGCCGAAUGUUUAGAGACACAUGGCGAACGGCUCGCAAGACUAAAUUGUUAUAAGAAUGAGGUUCUUGAAAAGUCUUCCUUAGGAACGUCUCCAGCAUCUACCAGAAGCGAGCUUACCGCGGUGAAUGACAGCAUGAAUGAUUUGGCUGAAAUAGACUCGCACCUGGCCGAAUAUCUCGCGGAACCCGUUCUGCCUCUAAUAAGACGGAAAGGUUCCAUCCUCAAGAAGAAAGGAAGCUACAAACGCAACAACAAACUGGUGACUUUUGAAAACCUUGCAGAAUUCGCAUUGGAUGAUGACGAUGAAAUCGGAGACGAUGAUUCGGACCACGACAUAUUGUCCUAUCGCUAUUACGGCCUCAAUCACGAUGACAUCGAGAAAACCCACAUCGAUGAUCCAGAGCGCCAUUCUGAGGUUCUCAGUGAUGUGUAUCCGGUAGACAUGCCUUUGCAUAUUCCUAAAAGUAACCGAGAGUCCGCUACUGUUGGCAAAACGAUGGAUUUGGGGCUCUUUUCGGAACCGAAAUUGCCGCCCGCCGGAGAUGAUGUGUCAAUUGGGACGUACUCUCCUGAUACACCGCCAACACAACGGUUUGCCGGCUCUCUUAAGCAAGAAGAACAGAGCGAGCUUCGUCGUUCAGUGAUUCUAGACAAGCUUUCCGAGGUGACCUCUCUUCUUGGGAAAGACAAUGUCCUCCAAGAAUACAAAGAGCUCUCUUUUGGAGGGUCGUUGCAGAACAAUCUUGGCGUUGAUCGGAAGAGCACUUCCAAGCACUCACCUGUGAGACAGCCGAUAGUUGUGGAUGACGAUGAGGAUGAUGGUUCGCUUCUGGACUACCUCGAGUCUCGCCAGCUCACCGCGGAAGAACUGUCAACCCCGCUUACCAGCUCAAACUCGCUCAGUUUGCCUGGCGUGUCGCCAAAAUUGGCGCCGCCUGAGAAGAAGAAACGGUCGAAAUACGAAAUGUGUCUGCCUGUUUUGGGACAAUUGGAGGAACUUACCAAGAAACUAGCAGAGCUCGAGCAUCUGUUUGAGUAA